CGAGCACUUCAUGUCAACAACGUCAGUCGAUCAUUCGACAACAACAAAACAUGACGGAAACCGUAGCUAUGGCGACUAUGGUGCCUUCUUCCCAAUCCGAGCAUCAAAGACUCGAAACCAAAUAUGAUGGUUGCGUUUUCGAGUCAAAUCGGAAAUCAACAACAUCCGGCUUUUAAUAAACAUCGCUAAACAUUACGCAUUACGGGCUUUAUAUCACAAUCGACCAAGUACUUGACGAAUGCCUGACCUUAUAAUACCACCACUUUUAUCUCCAAUCCCCUCACCUGUAUGGUUAAGAUACUUCAGUAUCAAUCAAUCCAACAUCAACAGCCGUACCGCCGAGGAGAUGCCAAGGCACACCCGUGGACCGGCUGCUGGGGUUCUCCGCGGUAUUCCCAUUAAUGACUGGUCGGAGGGUCACUUCGAGUGGCAUCGAGAAGGAUGCGAUUGCGUGGUCAAGCUCUGCCCGCAGCAUUGCCGGGAGCUCGUAGGAUCAAAUGAUCACGAUGAGGGGCCCGAAGUAAGCGGUCGAAACGAUGUUGACGAUAAUUACGAUGGCGAAGAUGACAAUGAUGGCACUCGCCACUCGGAUGAAGACCAUGACGGCAGAAACUCCAUUCCAUCUACAAGUGACGACGAUCCAAAGGAUUCUAUUCCUUCGGUACUGCCUAGUAUCGAACGUGGAAACCAAUCUGGCUCGGGACCGCCCUCUCUCUCUGCCUCACCCGAAGAGAUUGCCCAGGACGACCCAGAGGCAACGAUUUCUCCAGAGAACCGCGACGAAAUGGAAAGCCCUGUCCAACGACCCGAGCAGCAGCCUCCUCCAGCCGCCCUGACCAUCAACGCCGACUAUCUUGAAGCCCUUUCUCCAGGGUUCAGGGCCAGACUAGUGACCUAUGUUGAAGCAAUCUCGGAGGAGCUUCGCGCCUAUAUUCUCCCUCAGGCUCCGGCCUCUACGGCCUCGGCUAACCCUCCUACCCGCCUCUUGGCCGUUUACCAACCAAGCCGACACCUAGCCAGAGAAAUCCGACACCUUAUCCGAGAAGCGCAGGCCCUGUAUCCCCUCUCUGACUCUGUCACUCCUGAUCCUCGCCCAGGGCCAGGAGGACAUCUCCAACGCAGCCCAUCGGAUAUCUUGGCCCACGUGUUGAAUACCAGCCCUUCUCCGCGGGUCAAGGUGGGGCCCUCCGGUUCCGGUUCUGCUUCUCAGGCGGUUCGCGGCGGCGGCGGGGAGGGCAGUGUCGGUAGUAGUGCUACUAGUCGUACACCAGCUCAACCUCAACCCGGGCCGUCUCAGCCCAUGCCACAGCCAUCCAUGGGAGUCUUCUUCACGUCAGCCCCAAAAGCCGUCGCCAGAAGACUCUUCAGCCGCUCUGAUCCAUCCCAGCGCCCAUCCCAGAGGCAGCAGCCACCCCAACUUGAACCACGUCCAACGUCGUCGACACCCGCAAAUACCACGACCACGACUCGUCGUCGUGCACCGGACCCUCAACCGCCUAAUGUCCGACAACCCCUUUCUGAGCCAGCACCAGCACCAGCACCAGCGCCACAUCCAGCGCGGCCGCCCCCAAACAUGUCCAGUCCACCACAACAACAACAACAACAACAACAACAACAACAACAACAACAACAACAACAACAACAACAACAACAACAACAACAACAACAACCCCCGCGAAGUAGUACAUCUGCCCAUAAAAAGACACUACCAGCGUCCAGAGCGUCGUCCAGACCAAUUAACGAGCAAGACGAGCAGGAAGAGCAGGACAUACAGGGUGAACCGUCAGGAAGCAAUGUGGAUAGUAGGCAACUGGAAGAGGAGUCUUCAAAUCUGUCAGAACUGGAAGAGGAGUCUGCGGAGCAGGACGAGUUGGCACCAACUAGACCCAAGAGGGGAAGACCGAAGAAGAGCGGGAGCACGGUUACGUACGGGAAGAGGGGGAAUAAGAGGAGGAGGGUUUGAACUUUGAAGGUAGGCUGGCUCAUAGGGAUAUUGAAAGCCAAGGCCAGAUAGAUCAGCGAAAUAAAAUGGCCUUGUUAUGAGCUAAGUCGGGAGCGACGGACGGGAGGAAGGCGGUGAUUUUGGGCGUUUGGUGUCGUCGUGGUCGGUUGGUUAGACAGUCACUAUUUGGGUAUGUGACUAUGUGGUAGAAACCGUACCAGAGCAUUAUUAGUUCGGGAGGCAUGAUUGGAUAGGUAGACUCAAUAGCGUUUUCCAUCAUGAUAGCUAAAGAAUAUGAAUGGCUUUCUGGUUGAUCGAACAUGAAAAUGAGG